UAGCAAAAUGUCAACAUACAUAUUAUAUUGAAUAGGAUUUAUCUAUUUUUCUCAAUUACUUGCAAUUUCUAAAUAAAAUCAUGGACGCAGAGAAUUUAAAGAGCUGGGUAUCACAACCAGACGUCUGUCGGUGCUGCCUUUCAGCCAGCGGUACCUGGGACCUCACAGCAUCGUACGUAACAGAGGCUGGGAUCAAAGAAGUCUUUUCAGACAUUUUACAGGAAUGUUACGGAAUAUCUCUCUCGUACUUAUCAGAGUGGGGGCCAAGUCGGCUGGUGUGUGCGCUGUGUGUAGGGCACCUGCGGGACGCCACCGGCUUCAAGAAACAAGUGCAAGAAGCAGACAGAUACUUUACAGAAUAUCUUAGUAAUAAAGACUGUGUUGAAAUGAUAAAGACUGAGCCAGAUGCGGACUACUGUGCAGAUGACUUUGCUGAGCAAAUGGGAAUUCCGGGAACGGACACACAUCUAUUGAGAAAACAUGUGAAGUCAACAUUAAAACAAAAUAAAUCUGCAAAUAGAAAGAGACACAAACAUUCAAGAGCUAAAGAAAAAACAAGGAAAGACUCUGACUGUGAUUCCGAUACACCUCUGACAUUACUGUCGAAAAGAAGUCAGGAUAUUGACGCAAAUAAUAUUGAUGUCAAUAUUAAUGAUAAUAUGGGACAUAUGGAUCUAGGAUGUGAAGAAACUGACGAUAAGACUGAUAAUCCAAUAGCAGAAUCAUCGAGUUGGAAAUCUCCAAGAGUGACUCCCGAAAGCUACAUCGAAAAUCGUCAUCUUAGAUCCAACAUCACGCUAAUAUUGAAAAACUCCACAAUAUUACCUUUCAAACAUAUUAACAAAUAUAAAUACACCUGCCUCUAUUGCGACAGCUCAUAUUUGUUUUUCAAACAAUUAAAAAUACAUAUUAACGAUAAACAUAACAAAGUUACCGAAAAGGAAAUAUCAAGGCGUUUAAAAACACCUAAAAACUUAAUAAAAGCUGAAGUAAGCGAAAUAAGGUGUAAGCUGUGUGAUAAUACUUUAAAAAGUAUAGAUACUUUAAUAGAUCAUUUAGUUAAAAACCAUAAUAAAAUUUACUACAAUACUUCCAAAUUUAAACCAUCGCAUGGAAUUUUAGGUUUCGACUUGACAUCCGAAAAAUUCCGAUGUCACAUUUGCAAAAGAGAAUUUCGAUUUUUCAAAAACCUUUCGAUUCAUAUGAACGAGCACAGCGCCAAUUUUGUAUGCCAUUAUUGCGGUAAAAAAUUCUUAUCAGACCAUAGAUUGCACGCACAUGUAAAAAUGCAUAAAGAAAACGAUUUAAAAUGUAAAGUUUGCGAAAAACAGUUUCGCAGUUCUUCCGCUAGGGCUUAUCAUGUCAGAAAAAUUCACAGCAAGACUGCUUAUAAAUGCCCAGAAUGUGACGAAGUGUUUUUGCAGUAUCAAAAACGGAUGCAACACUUGGUAGAAGCACAUAACCUUAAAAAGCCAGAAUAUAAGUGUGAUAUUUGUCAUAAAAACUAUGCUAGCUCCGGGGGCCUCAGCGCUCAUGUACAGUAUUCACAUUUAAAAAAUAGGGAAUAUCCGUGUCAAAUAUGCGGAAAAAACUUCGGGUAUAAAUGGACUUUGAAAAAACAUUUAGUUGUUCAUUCUGGGGCAAAGAAUUUUGAAUGUAAGUUUUGUAGUAAACGAUUUGCUGAACCUUAUACUCUAAAGGUACAUUUGCGUAUACAUUUAAAUGAGAAGCCCCAUUCUUGUGCAAUAUGUAAAGCUGCAUUUAUACAAAAAUGUAGUUUAAAAAAUCAUAUACGUAUUCAUCAUCCCGAUUUAGAAAUUGAUUUGAAAAAGAUGUAAAUGAUUUUAUAAAUAUAUU